CCAUAAAGAAUAGGAAGAAGAAGGUUUCGGUCAGCUGACGCUGGAAGUAAAGGCACAUGAUAGAGUACCUGUUUACAAGAGAAUGAAACGUUAAAUCUUCCCGACACUGUUAUCCAGAUAUUUAAAGACAAUUUAAACAGUUUGUUUAUGUGUAGAGGAUGUGAGUGUUGCGACCAAACGUUGUUUUGGAACCGUUGUGGAGAUGUUCGAUUGGCAGAGCUCCAUGGAGGUUUUGGUUGUUUCUGAGAACCAGCACUGUGGUCAGUUAGGAGACAUCAAGAAGGCCGAGUUGUGUUAUACCGGCUCCCUUAUCUGUUGUCUGGGUGUCUCGGGCCAGCUGGUACUGUGGAACCCUGCGGACAAUAAGGCCUCUCCGGCUGCACCGGACGGCAGCUUCACAGACUUCUGCUGGGAGGAGGUGACAACAGGCAGUCAUGGGGUCAACAGCUUUUGUUUUUUGGCUGUUGGAUCUCAGGGUGACCUGAAGCUGUUGGAAGCUGAAGCAAAACGAGCUGCCCCUGUUUCUUUGCUGAGUGUGCAGAAGUGUUCUGCAGACCAUCUGCUGGAUGUUAUCAAAGACCACAACGAAAGUGUGUGUGAGCUGGAUUCUAUACAGGUGUUGUCCUUUGUGGACAGUCAAUGUUGUGUCCUUUUAAACUGCAACUGCCUGCUGCAGCUGCAGUGGGAAAAGUCCUCACAAGAACCAAGGAUGACAUCGUGUUGCAGAAUCCAGCAAAUCAGCAGUGACAGACAUGCUGCUGUUGACCACUGUGUCAGUGCAGAAACCCUGUUUGUCCUCAGCUCCAGAGGAAUCAUAUAUAUGUAUGCCAUUCCUGAUGGCUCUCUGCUGGGCAGCAUCAACCUUCCUGCCUACCUGAGUUCUAGCUGGGAGGAGAAUGAUUUGACUUCUUCCUUACUCUCUUCCUCCUCAUUCUGCCUGUUCCAGGUGUCAGCUGAUCUCACUACAGUUGUAGCUGUAACUCGGUCUCAUGCAGCCAUUGCUGUUGACCUUAACCACUACUUCAGAGUACACCCAGACCACCUACACUGUGUUGUCCCCCAGUCCUGUCCCGCUCUUCUGCCCAAGGACCCAAGAGACCAGGACAGCGUGUUGAACUCCUGUUACAGUCUUGCUGCUCUUGGAUUGCCCUUCUGUGAUGAUCGCUCUUGGGAAACUCGUCUAGCAUCCAUGUAUAGCAGAGCGCAGCAGGCUGCUUCUCCCUCAUCGCUCUGUACGUCUGCAGGGAUGGUUUGGUUUUACUCGAUCCCCCACCUCCAGUCCCACCCAGCUCCAACCACUUCCCACAGCAGAGUACCUCUAAGUGGGGCAAUUGUGUUUUUUUCUGUCCCUGAAACAUCUACUCCAUCUCUGCUCUCCGUUUCUGAGUUCUCUUCACAUUUGACCUUUGUCACUCCUGGCAACACUGAGACAACAGUGGCAUUAUGGGAUAUGGAGUCUGGAAGUGUCAGCUACCACCGUACAGAAGGCAAGGCUGUGCCAGUGCAGCAUGGCGGAGAGAGACAUAAUAGACUGCUGAUGAAGAGGUCAGGUGUGUUCCAGGUCUUUUUCUCCAUGUCCCAGCAGGAUUUAUUAAGCAGGCUGAUGCUGUUUGGCAAUGCAGCAACAGUGGACACAGUCUGUCACCUCAACAGCUGGGGGCACUGCUCCAUCCCCUUCCAUUCUCUACAGGCUGGACUGAAGAACCGACAGCUUGACACAGUGGAUUUGUACCUCAAAAGUAAAGAAAAUGUCCUGAGCCCUUCAGCAACAGCUGGUGUUUCAGAGCAGUUAGCAGACUCCAGACAGAGUCUCAAAGACAGUGUCCAGGAGUUGUUCCUUGCACUGGACUUGUUGUGUUCCACUGUCAGAGACUUAAAUAGUGAAGCUCAGAGUCGACAGUUCUCUGAGCAACUGUUACACCUCACCCUGACCUUCAUCAACACACAGAUCCGCUCUGUGCUCUCUCGGCCGCAAUAUGAGCACUCAGAUGUGCAAAGCAGUAUACAAAUUCUUGACAAGUACGUCACAGAAUUGAGGAGUUAUAUUAAGAAAUUCCCCAGGGCUUCAGGGGGCAGCACAUCUAAUACCCAAGCUGCCCCUCUUCAGGAAAUUGGAGAUGAAUGGGAACAACUUUCAACUGAGGAAGUGAUCUGUCAGUCAAUCCUGACCAACCAGAUCCCUAGAGCACAGGCUGUAAUGUGGAGACAGAGUCGGCCUGAGCAGCAUCUGUCAGGCCUGAGGAUGGUUGGGCUGCAGCAUGUUUUGUUCUGCUUACAGUGCAAGGAUCUUGAGUCUGCCAAAAAACUCUUGACCAACAUGGGACUAAGUCUGACGAAAGAGCUUCACAACAUCUGCCUUUAUACCAACGACAGAGACCUCCGGGAAUUAUUGGUGAGUCAUGCAUUGUACAACAAACACCCCGACGUGCUACCACUCUGAUUGAGUUGUCUUGUGUGUUCUGUUUUCUGUGCCUUUGUAUUUGGACAUGGCACGUUUUGUUACCACUCUUCACAUGUUUAACACAUA